UUAUUUACAUCACAUGUAAAUCCGUUUAGCGGAUGUCGGAAAUCGUCAUACGGUGACUUAACCACCCAGCGCACGUAAGGAUUACUUCCUGUGAGAGCGGCGUGAAAGCAUCCCUUUCGAGUACUCUAAUUUAAAGAACUCUGCGUCCAACACAUUCCCCCAUCCCAUCAGCGUCCAGUCUCCCAGGCCGAUAUGUCUAGUGAUCCUCCUCCGCCCUACCCUGGAGGUCCGAGUGCUCCCCUCAUUGAGGAGAAGAAUGGACAAGCGGCUCCUAUAAGAACAGGGCCCCCGCAGGGUCAACCUCUACCUCCAGAGUACGGGCCACCCCCGUAUGAAGGUCCGCAUCCGGGCUUCCUUCCGCCACACGUCCCGGGAGAUGGACCCAUGCCCAUGCCAAUGCAUAUGCCCUCGCCAUCCCAAGGUGGUAUGUACCCGCUGCCCCCCGGCCACUUCCCGCAUCCCAUGCCAGGCCACAUGGGCCCCGGUGGCCCCGUUCCCUUCAUGCACAUGGGCAGCCACACAGCGACCACCGUCAUGGCCCCGCCAGGAAGCGCCACCACGGUGACUGUGCUGCAGGGCGAGAUGUUCCAGACAUCGCCGGUGCAGACGGUGUGCCCGCACUGCCAGCAGGCCAUCGUCACGCGCAUCUCUCACGACGUGGGCCUCAUGAACACCCUCUUUUGUCUCUUCUGCUUCUUUGUGGGGUGCGAUCUGGGCUGCUGCUUGAUUCCCUGUCUGAUCGACGACUUGAAGGAUGUGACGCACACCUGCCCUUACUGCAAAGGUUACAUCUACACGUACAAACGUAUAUGCUAACCGCCACUGACGUUCGCUCGCUCGCAGCGCCCUGCUGCCCCCUCCCACCUCCACCCUUACGUUUGCAGCUUGUUUCCCACUUAAUUUGUCCUUCCAAACGCAGUGAAUACCUUGUAGAUAUUGUUCAUCUCAUACAUUCAUGCGGGCAGCAUUUUUUUUGUUUCGUAUUUUAUCGGGCAAAGUGAAGGCUAGGUGUGAUGUUACGUGUAGGUGAAGAAGUAAUUUGUAUGGAAGGGCUGUGAAACUGGUCACUUUAUUUGCCAUUAACUAUUCUUUAGUUACUGAUUUAUUUAUGUUGAUUAUUUAAAGAUAUAUUUUAACAUGUCCCUUUUGAAGACUGUGAACAUUUGUGUCUGUCAUCAGCUUCUUUUCUGAUCCCUUCUUGAAUGUGAACAUGCCCACCUUGAUGUAGUUUUCCAGAAUAAUUUUUAUUUUUAAUCUUCCAGGCUUCUUUCAGUAUGCACAAAAGUGAUUGACAGUUGAGCCCCCCCCCCCUUUCAUGAUGUACUUAAAAAAACAAAGACAACAUAUGCACUUUAAGGACAAAAAACCCUCCAAUAUUUCGCGAAAACGUAAAAGGCAUCAUAGUUGAGGCUGCUUCUGGCUUUGUUGUUGAUAAAUUCCUCCAUAGGUGCACUUAAGAGGAACAUGUUACCGGUGUGUGAAUGUGAUGUCACUCUCGAUUGUAUCACCGUCAAAAUUGUCGGUGGAAUGUUUGUCGCAGGGAUGAAUGCUGAGGAACAAGUUACAUUAUCGUCACACCCAUUUAAAGAUGCUCGAAACUAUGUUCAAAAUAGGAACUAGCUGCCAUAAUGCAGUUACAUCCCAGAGUUGCAUUGUGAUAAUAUAUUCCGAUUUAAAACAAUUGUUCAUCAACAGCAUGCCCUCAUCAGUAGCUUACUACUUUACAGGUACCGUGCAUAAAAAUGCAAAAUAAUGCCAUGACUAAAUGUGUCAGUUGCAUCUUUUUUUUCUAGGCUUGCAAAACUGUGCAUAUAAUUUAAAAAAAAAAAAAGGUUUUAUUACAAAGUACUGUACAUGCCAUUGUGAUGGUAAAAUUGCCAGUCCGCAUUGCUCUCAAUGUGUGUGAUCUGUAUAAUGACAUUGAGUCAAAUUUGUUUGACAGGUGUACAUAGCUACUAUUUUAUCAAUAAAAAUCAAGUACAUCAUU